AAAUAGCAAUCUUAGGGACUAUUACGUUAAUUUUUUGAAGUUAGAAACUUAUCUGUAAGAAAGUGAAUAUUUUUUGGGGACUUUGCCCCAAAUUUCUCCUUUUUAAUUUAACAAAAAAAGCAAAACCCUAGAUCUCAUCAGAUCUCUCUCUCUCUCUCGCACCUCAUCCCUCUUUGAAGCCGCUGCCCACUGCUCAGAGAGUGGACGACGACGGUGAUUCGCUGCCCAGCGAUUUGACGACGCCGGCCACCUUCUCCCUAAGUCACCGACGGCAUCUUCACCAACGACAACACAUCUUCUCUAUCGCAAACGGCAGCAACUCAGAUUGAACCAUGUCUGACGCUGAUUCUAAUGCUGCCACUCCCGCCACCACCACUACUGCCACCACUACCACCACCAUCGCCCAACCACCAGCGGUUACCAAAACCCCAGUGAAGGAAACUAAACGCUGGGCCGAUAUGGAGGACGAAGAGUCCAAAAACACCUUGUCUGCUUCAUCAUCAGAAGUAAACAUUGAUAAUUUGAAAAUUGAUGAGGAAAAGAAGAUAAACAGCUUCUUAGAUGAAGCUGAGGAUUCCAAUAUCAAAGCUGUUAUAUCUGGGGAAACGCCUUACACUUCGGCUAAGACCUUUGAGGAAUUAGAACUUAGAGCGGAGUUGAUUAAGGGCUUGUAUGUGGAGAUGAGGUUUCAGAAGCCCAGUAAGAUCCAAGCUAUUAGUUUGCCAAUGAUCUUGACGCCUCCGCAUAAGGAUUUGAUUGCUCAAGCACAUAAUGGGUCUGGUAAGACCACUUGUUUCGUGCUUGGAAUGUUGAGCCGUGUUGAUCCCCAGCUCAAGGCUCCUCAAGCCAUUUGCAUCUGUCCCACCAGAGAGCUGGCUAUUCAGAAUUUGGAGGUUCUUCUUAAAAUGGGGAAGUACUCAGGAAUAAGUUCGGAGUGUGCCAUUCCGAUGGACAGCACAAACUAUAUACCCAUUAACAAACGACCACCUGUGUCGGCUCAAAUAGUAAUUGGGACGCCUGGUACCAUUAAGAAAUGGAUGUCUGCGAAGAAAUUGGGGGUUAGCAAUGUGAAAAUUCUUGUUUUUGACGAGGCUGAUCACAUGCUUGCAGAGGAUGGCUUUAAAGAUGAUUCUUUGAGAAUAAAGAAGGAUAUUGACAGAAGUAGUCCUCACUGCCAGGUGCUUCUGUUUUCUGCAACUUUUAAUGAAACAGUCAAGAAUUUUGUUUCGAAGAUAGUUAAAGAUUACAACCAGCUCUUUGUAAAGAAAGAAGACUUAUCUCUGGCGUCCGUCAAACAGUACAAGGUCUACUGUCCUGAUGAGAUGACCAAGAUUCAAAUAAUUAAAGAGAGAAUAUUUGAUCUGGGUGAAAACAUUGGACAAAGGAUUAUUUUUGUCCGAACACGAAACAGCGCAAGCAUGCUGCAUAAACAGCUUGUGGAUGAUGGGUAUGCUGUGACGACCAUCCAAGGUGCUAACACACCAGAAGUGAGAGACAAAAUUAUUAAAGAGUUUAAAGAUGGUUUAACUCAGGUUCUUAUUACAACUGACCUUCUUGCCCGAGGUUUCGACCAACAACAGGUUAAUUUGGUGAUCAACUAUGAUUUGCCGAUUAAGUAUGAUACCCAAGAACCUGAUUAUGAGGUUUACCUACACCGAAUUGGAAGGGCUGGUCGGUUUGGGAGGAAGGGUGCUGUAUUUAAUUUAAUCUGUGGUGAUAGAGAUGAAGCCACAAUGAGAAAGAUUGAGCUCUACUUUCAGAGUGAAGUGACUGUGGUGAAUAAUAGUGAGGAAGACUUUGAAAAAGCAUUGAAGCAAUCGGGUCUACUUGAAUGAGAUGUAUAUGACUAAUGAGUAUGAUCCCUUUUUAUUUGAAAAAGCUUUGGUGUUUAAAAGAAAAGAAAAAUGUAGACAAGUGAUAUGCUGUGUUUUUUGUAUUGAGGAAGGAUGAGUAUUUUAAUUUUACAAUUACAGUUUUUCAUGGUUGCAUCAGUUAUGAAUGAUGGGCCAAGUUACAUCAUGUGUAUCAAAAACAAAAACAAUACUAAUGAAUAUUAUGACCAUUAGUAUUGAGUAAAUUAGUUUUUAUACUCUUUUUA